AUGCGCCGGCCGGGUGCUUCCAGGGUGACGGGACGCGCAUGCGCUGGGUACCAGGAUGCCCAGAAUCCCCUGCGUCUAAUGCCUAAAACCGCGCGUCCCCUGCUCUUCGCGCCUUUUGCCGCUCGGAGCCGCGCCGCGCUCCUCCUCCUCCUCAGCUUCGCGCUCCUCCUCCUCAGCUUCACCGCCGCCUGCCGCGCCGCCUCCGCCGCCGCCUCAGCGAAAGCCGCCGCCUCAGCGAAAGCCUCUUCAGGGCGCCCAGCCAUGGCUUCCAAUAACUUCAUCUAUAUCACCCGCGAGGACGUGGAGGAAGCUGCCAAGUAUCUGGAAAUGCACCGGGUCCACCUGGAGGGCCUCUCCCUGGACGGUCUCACCCUGGACAAUAUCUCUUUGGAGAAUUUCGACCUGAGUAGCAUCUCUUUGGAGGCAAUCCCUCUGGAGAACAUCUCCGUGGAGAACAUCCCUCUGGAACACAUCGCCCUAGAGAACCUGGCCAUGGAGGACAUUGCUGUGGAGAACAUGGCCACAGAGAACAUCGCUGCCGAGAACGUCGCUGUGGAGAACAUGGCCACAGAGAACAUCGCUGUGGAGAAUAUCGUCGUGGGGGAUUGGGCUGUGGAGAAUAUGGCCGUGGAGAACAUCCCCGCGCAGCCCGCAGCGAUGGAAACCGUCGCGAUUCCCGAUUUCAGCGGCAACUGGGUCCACGGCGGCCACCACAGCUCCCCUCUGAUCGCGCUGCAGCCGCUCGUGGCGAACGCCGACGAAGGGGACCAGGUCGAGGUGCAGACCCGCGAGGAGGUGGUGGGCUACUCCGGCUCCGACGACGACGAGCAGGCUAGCUGCCAUGAGGUACCGGUGCCGCCGCUGGUCUUGGAGGAGGACGACGACGACGAGGAGGAGGAAGAGGAGUCGUCGUCGUCGUCGUCGUCGUCAUCAUCAUCAUCGUCGUCGUCCUCGUCCUCGUCGUCCUCAACAUCCUCGUCGUCCUCGUCCUCCUCCGACGACGACGACGACGAGGACGAGGACUAUGUCUGCUUCCAGCGGACUCUGGCUUCCCUGUCAGCCUCCGCCGCCCCGGCCGGCAAGAAGGUCCAGAAGCUCAGCGGCCACGACGAAAAGCCCAAAAAGCGCAGCCACAGCCCGCCGAGCGCCGCCGGCCGCCGCACUGACAGAGCCGGCGGCCAAGGUAAGAAGCGUCCCGCCAAGGGCGCGGCCGGGGCAGCGGGCGGCGGCUCCGAGGGCGGCGGCAGGAAGUGGGAGCAGAAGCGGGUGCGGAUCCGCACCCUGGAGGGCGAGUUCUCCGUCGCCAUGUGGUCUCCCGUAGGCGAAGGAGACGCGGCCGAAGGAGACGCGGCCGAAGGAGACGAGGCCGAGGAAAAGCAGAGCGCGGCGAGCCCGCCGAGCCUCUCUCCCGAUUACUCCGAGUACAUGACGGGGAAGAAACUCCCCCCGGGCGGCCUACCCGGCAUUGACUUGUCCGAUCCCGUCCAGCUGGCCGAGUUUACCAGAAUGAAGCCCAGAAGGCCCCUGGAUGACAUCCCGAGAACCGUGGCCUGCCUGCAGAGAGGCUGCAGCAAGAUGUUCCGGGAUACGGCGUCCAUGAGGAAGCACCUGCACACGCACGGCCCCAAGGGCCACAUCUGCGCCGAGUGCGGCAAGGGCUUCGUGGAAAGCUCCAAGCUGCGGCGGCACCAGCUCGUGCAUUCGGGCGAGAAGCCCUACCGGUGCACGUUCGAGGGCUGCGGCAAGUGCUUCUCGCUCGAUUUCAACCUCCGCACCCACGUGCGCAUCCACACCGGCGACCGGCCCUACGUCUGCCCCUUCGAGGGCUGCGACAAGAAGUUCGCGCAGUCCACCAACCUCAAGUCCCACAUCCUGACGCACACCAAGAAGAAAGGCUAGCCGGGGACACGGAGACAGCUCCUCGCUGGCUCCCGAGCGACCCGGGGGCCAGGUGUUCCUAGAUGCGUUUAGAAAAAUUCAAAGGGUACAAAGGCUAAGAUUACGCUGUUAAGAUGUCACGUUCGGAUAGAGUAGGAAAAAUAGAAGUUUAACGUUAAAAAGGUUCAGCUGUAGGUACGAUGAUGUUCUGUAGUGUCAUUCGAAAAGCAUGCUGUUUCGUCAAGUUUGAUUCCUCCAAAAGGAUAAUGCGUAGACUUUCGUUAAUUCAUCAAAAGACUUUUUAUGAGACUGAGCUCACAAUGGGACUUUUGUUAAAGUUCUGUCUUUUCCAAAUGCUCGUGUUUAUGCUUUUGGGAAUAUGUUUAAUAAUUUUACGUGUGGUGAUUUGGAUUUUUUUGGAUGUCGAUAAC